AUGCGUCAUUCAGCAUUUCAUAGUCGCUUCAAUCGUCGGCUACAAAUUAACCAUCCAAAUAUAUGGUCAUUUAUUAACCUUCUUCAAGGAGAAGAAAACCGUUUUCAUCAUAUGUAUGUUCAAUUCAUGGCAGCCUUAGGAACACGAUCAAAACAAGCUAAAACGGUUGCUAUUCAACUUCGUAUAGAUAAACUUGGAGAAAGAUAUUAUGAUGAAGCAAUAAAUGCUAUGGAAUAUUUAGAUGGUUUAUCAUUUGUAGUUGCUAAACGAAAAAAAUAA